GGAAAUAUACAUCACUGCUUCCGGGCAUCGCGAGGAAGGCAUUGGGCCAGUACCUACAGACUGAUUGAUUCAUUGAACAUCUCUCAGUUGAAUCUGUGGAGCCUCACAGAACAAGAUGAUGGCGCCACUCUCUGGGCCGGGCCAGACCAAAGAGAAGGCGGAAGCAGUGGAGCUUAACUUUUCUGAGUGUGGCUCUUUGUAAAAAGCCUUUACAGUAUUUCACAGUGAUGAAACCUGCUCCUUCAGAAGUGUGUGCUGCAGUAAAAAGGAUACCAUUUGCGUCCAGAAUAUUUCUUUCUCCAGCACCAAUUUUCUGUCUCCUGUGACCAUGGCAAUAGCAUUGAGAAGAGCUGUGUGGUCCAAUACUAUGUGGAUGCAUGUAGCAACAUUCAGUAGGCAGGCCUCAGUACAGAGGAAUGUUCUAGGCAUCAGUGGGCAGAAUCCUAUUGAUUUUGAUGAAAAUCGGAAAACCAGGACAGCCUGCUUUACAGGAAAAUCAGACUGCCUAGUACUGCAAGGCAAAGGAAUCUCUGUGGUGCCCCCUGCUGCUGCAUAUCAGAGGCAGUAUCUUAACUUGCAUGGGGAGAUUGUCCGUAGCCUGGAGUAUAAGAAAAAUGGAGCAGUGCAUUGUGCUCGCCAUAAAUCUACAUAUUCAGUCCUUCCAGAAGACUAUAACUGUAAAGUGGAACUUGCCAUGACAUCAGAUGGAAGGACAAUUGUCUGCUACCAUCCUUCAGUUGAAAUUCCAUAUGAGCACACAAAGCCCAUACCUCGACCAGAUCCAGUGGAUAACAAAGAAGAAACACAUGAUCAAGUACUGAAAUCUAGAUUGGAAGUGAAGGAGCUAAAGAAUAGCAAAGGUCCUACAUUUGAGGAGCUCAGCAAAAUGUUUUAUACAACAAAACAUCGCUGGUACCCUGUGGGACAGUAUCAGAGAAGACGCAAGAAACUCAAUUCUCCUAAAGACAGAUGAUUACAAUAAUUUGUGUCUCUGCUUUGUGUCAUUAACCAUACUGGAAAUUAAACCACAAAAACAGGAGUUUUGCUGAUCAA